CUCAGGCUUAAGCUGUACCGAGAAGCGGUUGCAACUUCGGCUUCCCUCGCUUAUCACAAGACGAGAACUGAAGCGAACACACGCCAGCGCAUAUGUGUGUUUUAUAAUUGCGUUUUUGAUCGAAGAUCUUCUUGAUAAUCUACAAUUGGGAAGACGUGGAAGGACUCUACACCCAUUAUACUUCAUACAGUAAAUAUUGCAAUUUGACCGAGGUCAGACUGACCUCUGGGCGGCGACCAGGUGGCUACAGUCUGAGGCACGAUAGCUGGCUCUGUGUGCACAUGGUCGAGGCAGGGAACGCUGGCCAGGUGCUGCCACACUCGGUCCUCCACGAUGCGGGUAUCCUGCCUCGCUGCCUCCUCCAGUACAUGGCUCUCCUCUAGGUUCCUCGCUGCCUGGCCACCCAUUCCAGGAGGAGCUCCUCCACCCAUCGCCAUUCCCGGCCCGCCCGUCACCGCCACCUGUCCACAGGAUACAUGUGAGUCCAGCUCCAGGCUCGCCACUCAUCUUAUUGCAGAUAAAGAUGGUUAUAAUGGUGUGUCAGCUGUGACGAGGAAGAAACUGCAUUCACGGUGUGGUGGUGGUGAUGGUAGUUCUGGUGGCGUUAUCUGCAGUAGGAUGGAGGAGGAGGGCAGUGUGCAGUUUAUACAACAGAAGAACAAUAUUCCCACCUGCUGUACAUUCCAUCCAAAGGAUCGAUAUGCAUUCGCAUUUGGAGGUAGUGAAGGAGAGAUAACAGUAGUCAAUGCUUUACGAGGAGAGAUAGUACGCUCGGUUCCCCUCGGUUCACUCAGUCUUGCACGAGCCAUCAACGCACUCAAUUUCUCUCCAGAUGGCUCGAAGGCCAUCACUACUUCUGUGUCUCGGAAAGUGAACAUUGUGGAUAUAGAAAAAGGGACUCCCUUGCUGGCAUAUGACAACUGUGCAAGUCCAGUUGAUGUUCGACAGCCACUCAUUGUACACCCAUCUUUACCGUACCUGGCCGCCUGCACCACUGUCAAUGCUAGAGGCAUUACUCUUCUUGAUCUCAGAAUGCCGCUUCCACUUGAUUUUAUCUAUGACUUACACGAGGAUAGCAUCAAUGACAUGUGCUUCCUAGAUGGGUCGUGGCCGUGGGGGUCUGGCAAGGCUGUCCUUGUGUCUGGAUCAGCUUUAGGGGAAGUGAAGGUGAACAGUAUGGAUGGACGUUCCCUUUGUUCCUUCACUGAACAGCCCCCAAUCUCUUGCUUGUAUCCUUCCCCAGAAGGCUACAACGCUUCAGUAGCCAAUGGAUAUCCUAGUGUAAUGAUGGCCAGCACAGGUGAAGGUUUGGUGUGUUGGUGUGUUGGUGAGCGUCCAUGGAAGUGGGAGACCCAGAAAGUGAACCCUGGCCGGGUAGCCCGCAUGCGGUACACUCUCAGUGGGGGUGUACUCUAUACAGCUCAAGGUAAAACUGUGUACCGGUAUCGUCGGUAUCCUGAGCGGCAUCAGGUCGUUGGUCAAGUCUUCACUCACACCGCUCCAAUUUUGGAUUUAGAUCUUUCACCAUACAAUGAAUACCUUAUAACUGCAGGGAAAGAUAACAUGGUUGGCCUUCUUCAUCUUGGAGCCCCUAAUCAUGGCUGGACACAAAGAUGUGAAUUUACAUAAAGAUUUUUGUCCAAACUUGGGGUUCGGUUGACUUAUUUUGUACUGUGUGCUUUGAUUUCUUCUUCAUUUCCAUCAUUUUUAGCUUUGUUUUUGUAAAUGUACUGCUAAUAAAUAUAAAGUAAUAUUUUAUAUCUAGUGCAGUUUUUUGCCGUGAGUUGCAGUGUGGAGCGUGUGUUAAGGCUGGAGUAAACUCUGCAAGUAAAUAUUUUUGCAAUACAGACCAUUUUAAGAAAGUUUUACAAAUGAACUUUAUUGACAGAAAAAAUGCUGUAUCAAUAGUUUAUUUAGUGUAUUUCAAAGUAUUUUGCAGGUGUAGUGCUUGCAAAUUCCUCCAGAAAAUAUUAGUACUUUUAACAUAUUUUAUUUAAAUUUAAUUGUAUUGAUUUUAAUGUAGUAUGUAUAGCAAGUUAUAAAGCUGAAGUUUGACUUGAGAUUAAUCGGGUGUAGUUUUUAUUUUUCCAUGUGUUGUGUACAUAUGUUAUUUAUAUCCUAUGUUCAGAGUAGUGUGAAGCUGUUGUUGAAGUUUGCACAGCUGUGUAUAUAAGUACUAGUAGCAUUACAAGUACCAGUACUAAAACCAAUACCAAUACAAGUAACAUUGUUAAUACAAGGGCUAGUGCCAGUACAGUGCCAUUACAAGUACAGUAUUGGUAACAGUAAAAGUACCAGUACCAGUCCCUGUACCACAUUCUUAUUAACCAACUAUCAUUCAUGAAUGUAUGGCUGACAUUGUGCAAGGUUUUAUUAGCAUUUCAUUUUGGUGGUUUAUGGAUAUUUCUAUAAUAAAAAAAAAUAAAGUUGUAUGACGUUUGUUUACAUAGUGAAUCUCCAUAUGAAUGCUUGUGUCUAAGCAGUCUUGGGUAUGCCAGAUUGUGUGUGUGUGUGUGUGUGUGUGUGUGUAUGUAUGUACUGUGUAUAUAUGUAUGUGUAUACGUGGUGAAUGAUACUACCAUAGUUUAAAUGAAUGUGUCUUGGCAGGGUCUUGGGCAAUCUGGACUAUUCUCUCUCUAGAGGGUGUUUCUUUACUUCUGGUAGGAUAAGAGCGCUGGCUUAGUUCCUUUGGAUCCAGCACAAUUACUUUCUUGGAAAAAGUUUAUUUUUCCCUUGUAUUUACAGGUUAAGUAUAACUAUAAAUGGUCAUAACCAAGUGGUAAUUAAAAGUGCAGCUUGUUAUUAUCUUUGCCAUUUGAUGCUAGAUAGACAUUGGAAAUGUCUAUAUUUUUAUUGAAGGAUUUUGAUUAUCUCAACCUCUUAUAUAGUGGCUUAGGAAGGUCCAUUUAUUUUAGUCUUGCAUGCUUGUCUCUAGCCCUAUAGCACAAAAGUGUCUGAUAGGUAAGUAAUUAUAACUAGAGCUCACAGCUACAUGGAAAAAAAUUUAUUAGAGUACUUUGCUUUUUAAUCUGAAAGUUAUGAUCUUCUGUAUAGUCAGUCAUGAAUUGCAAUAUGUUGGUCUAGUGAUUGUUAUGUUAUUGUUUUUAUUUGAAUUAACAUGUAGGAUUUUUACCUCACCUAUAUAACAUUUGAAGUAUUUAUACUAAUGUUUGGAAACAUUUUGCUAGGAACUGUUACAAUGUAAUGGUUAUGUAAACUGCAACAUUGUUCCUACUGAAAAAAUAGAGCAACAUGUUUCCAUUGUCAUAGUGUCAUGAACAAGACCGAGAAAAAUGUCGUCACUUGUUUUUAUUAAAUAUUCAGUGUGUGUGUGUGUGUGCGUGUGAAUGCAUUUCACACACACGGACACCAAAAUUGGAAUAUGCAAUGGUUGUACAGUACAACUUCUUGAGAUACGGGCACCAUACAUCACGAAACUGGAAAAGGGGCAAUGACAUGCUCCUAAAUGAGCAUGUCCCUGACCUACUAGUCAGGGAAAGUCUGAAAUUACAGUUUGGCAGCAGUAGUUGCUUCUGGAAUAUUUUCUUAUUAAGACUACUCAAUAGCUCGGUCGAUAGAGCCUCCUAGUCUCCUAGUGUCCAGGUGAAUGAAAUGCUAAUAAAUGAAUUCCAGAACUGAAACAAAAAAAUUAAGAUAGGCUAGAGGUGACGAAUUUGUCCAAGCUGGAAGAUAGGGGAGAAAAAAACAACGAAAAAGAUAUCACCAUCUACAAAAUGUCAACAGGAAUCGAUAAAGUUGAGAGAGAAAUUCUUGAAAACAGCAACUACGAAAACAAGAGGUCAUAGAUUCAAGCUAAGGAAACAAAGAUGCCCCUCCAAAAAAUUAGGAAGUUCUCCUUAACAGAGUGGUAGACAGUUCGAUGGUGUAAUGAUGAGAGGGGCUGCUAUCACCCAUUCUUGUAAUAACCAGGGUUCUUUGCUAUUUUCAUAUAUUAACACUCGAUCCAUCAUACAAGGAUGUAAAUAAUUACUCAAGAUAGACAGUUCUGCAUAGGCAACUUAAGGGAGGAGAGAAAGCAAGCGAGAGCAGGGGGGGGGGGGGAGAGAGCUGCUAAGGUUUUCGUGUGACUUGCCAAAUAUGAAAAAACGCUGUCCAAGUUAGGCAAAGUUUGGCAGACAAAACUCGCUCAAUUUUUUCCGGAUUACUCAAAGUCUGGGAUUAACGGGGUCCAGAUUAGCGAGUUUUUACACAGGUACUGUACUGUAGUUUCAAAACAUCAUGUGAUAAAGAAUACUCGGAAGAUGGGACACCAUGAGCAUAGUUCUCGUUCUGUAACUACACUUGGGUAAUUAUAGACAACGUAGGAUUGGAAUGACAUUUCAUCAAUCCUGCUCAUCAGAAAUGCAGAUAAUUGUGGUGCAAGUGGCAGGCUAGAGCUCUACAACUUUCAUAAUACAGUAGCACUUUUUGUAUUCAAUUGAAUUUUAUAUUUGGCAGCUGCUAUAUUUUUGUCUGUAUGUGAAAUGUCAUGUAACAGUGACCAUAGGCAUUAAUCUUAUGACUCGAGAUACCUUGCAACAUGUUGAAAAGAUUCACAGAGCACACACAAGUUUAUAUACAUUUCACUACUAAUGGAGCAGAAAUAUAUUGGAAGAUUAUGGUCAAGGUAGACUGAUACAUAAUAAUAAUAAUAUGCAGCAUGGCAAAUUUGUGAGAGGUUGGUCAAGUUAUUACUUUGUGUUAGUCGGAUAAUUUUGAGUUUUAUUUCUAGGAUAUUUGAUUUCCAGUCUUCAUUGUUAUGGCACCGUGGCUAGUCUACUUCACCACACACGUUUGUGUAAUGGGGUAGGUAAUAAGGUGAAACUUUAACUAUACAUGUGUAUUUUGCUUAGUUUCUAAAUAUUUUUGUGUAUUAACCUAAAGAAAAUCAGUUCGGUAAAACUUAAAAGUUAGUGACUCUUGAAGCUUAUUAAGUUUUAUCCUUAAAUAUAACCUUGACCAUUGAUAAUAAAUAAUGUGCCCACAUACUUUUGUCCCCUUAUUUACUUGGUGUGCAAGUUUGACUUGUUUGUAAAAAGAUAUGUUUAUGAUGAUAAAAUACCAUAUUUAUACUAUCUGUAAUUGAAUAUGAUCCCAAAUUUGUUAAGUAUACAUGAUAACAUUAUAAACGAUAUAGGAUUCUCUUAAGAAGAGUUAACACUCGAGUCCACCGUGGAGUUAAGUACUGUUUGUGUUAUAACAGCAAGUUAAAAGCUUGCAAGUUAACCCUGAUGAUUCAUUGCCCAGCCCAUUCUCUCCAUUCACCUCUCCUUAAAAAAAAAGUGCACCUGUUCUGCCUAACCAGAAAUUAUGAGCUCAAGCACCCCACUUAACCUAUUGUGGUAGAUGUAUAGGGAAACAUCAAUAUUACAGUCCCUUUAAGACUGCAAUAUAGGCAAUUUUACUAAUGCAUCACUUUUUGACAAUGAUCGAAUUGAUACAAAAAUGUAAAGUAAUAGUUGAGGGGACUGGUUGCAUCAUCAGCUGCAUUACUCCCACUACAGUCUUAAUUUCUUCACUUUAUGAAAGUGAAGAAUUACCAAGAAAGUAUCAAGAACUAGAUACUUUAGCUAGUUCUGGAGCACUUGCAUGGACCAUUUGGGUGACUGGUUCACAAAGGUUUGAUUUUUUUCUUAUUACUAUUUUAAAAAAAGAACUGUCCAUUUUGCACUCUCAUUUACUGCUAACAACUGUGUAACUAUGUGGACAUUACGACUCUUUAAUAGAAUAAAUGAUUUUAACAGCUGGAAUUGUUAUGUUUAUACAUUAUAUAUGUCUGGACUGCUACAUGUGCUGCAGACGAUGAGUCAAAAUAAAGUAGCUGAAGAGGUGAUGACCAAACCACACAUCAGAAAGUGAGGAAACGACAAUGUUUCGGUUUAUCCUGGAUCAUCGUCAAGCCGACCACAACGUGGUGGUCCAGGAUGGACCAAAACGUUGUUUUCUUUAUUUUAUGAUAUGUGGUCUGGUCAUUAUACUUAUGCUGCCUUUCAAGUAGGAGUUACUCUUAGAAAACAAACUUUCCUAGGAACUUUUAAACUUACUGCAACCACUUAUGAGUGAAAAUAUCUCUGGAUUUCAGCAUUCAUUUUCUUUAGGACCUGGCCAUUGCAUGCAAGAUUUCUGUAAAGUGUCAUGGUUAGUAAACCAAAGUAGCUAAGUGAUGCUAUUCUCCAUAUUUUUUUUAAAUCUAAAUUUAUGUGCCAUGUUGACUUUUAUGAUUUGAUGACUGAUGUUGUACUUAAAUGCUGAUAAGAAAUGAGUCUUUGGGAUUUAUACAAUACAGUACUUAAAAUAUUCACAUCAAAGUGAUGUAUCUAAAUGUGUUCAUAGAGUUUAUAGGUAAAACCAUUGAAAUGGUUCAGAUUUCCUGAUUUGAUUCAUUUAUUUCCUAAAAGGAUACUUAGUUAAAAAAAUAAAUAAGAGCAUUAUCUCCUAACAUUUGUGUGGAUGUUGCAUAUAACAUUUCUUAGUGGAUUGCAAAUGAUCACUGUCACAUUUGGUAGAUUUAAAUGUGUGUGUAGGUUUGGCUAAUCUUUGUGUAACUAGGCAUAUUAUAUAGCAAUAAUAGCCAAAGACUGAGGAGGAUAUAGAAGAAUGGUGAUAUAAUAAAGAUAUUCUUUAUAGCUUCAGAGAAAGUUUUGUAUUCACUUUUAGGUUAGAUUGUAUUCUUAAUAAAAUAAAUUUAUA